AAAAUAAAUAGAUUGUCUUCACCUACAAUAUCCAUUGCAACAAGUGAAGAUAAAAGCGAAGAUGAAUUGAGUAGUAAUGAAGAAUCUGACUUUGAAUUAGGUUAUAAGUUGUUUAUUAAAACAUCUGACGGGACCUUAUUACCUGCAAAGUGGUUUGAAGAAUCU